CCCUCCCGGCCGCGCACACCGGGAGGAAGCGGCGGGGCGGAGACGGAGGCCCGCCUCUGCGUUCUGCGGCAGCCUGUGACGUCACGCGGAGCGACGCUUCGGGGGAGGGACCCGAGGCCUUGAGCUGGGUAGUCGCGCCACUCACACUUGGAGGAGAGCUAGCGGGACAGCGGUGCAAGCCAAUCGCAGUCAGUCCUCUGGAGGCAGCGAGACUAGGGUGGAGACUUCGGAGACUGCAAUUGCAGGUUACAUGGAAUUUUCUAUGUAAACAGUCUUGUCAUCUGUAAAAAUAGAGGCAGUUUGCUUCUUCCUUUCCAAUUUCUAAGGACAGAUGGAAUUGGCUAUGGAUAACUCAUAUAAUUUCAACCAGCAAAGCUCAUGUAAUGGAAUUCCAUCUGAGAAGAAAAAUAACUUCCUUGUGUCAGAAGAUCAUGGACAGAAAAUCUUAAGUGUAUUGCAGAAUUUCAGAGAACAGAAUGUCUUUUAUGAUUUCAAAAUCAUCAUGAAAGAUGAAAUAAUCCCAUGUCAUCGUUGUGUGUUAGCAGCAUGCAGUGACUUUUUCAGGGCUAUGUUUGAAGUAAACAUGAAAGAAAGAGAUGGUGGAAGUGUCACCAUUACUAAUUUGUCCUCCAAAGCAGUAAAAGCCUUUCUUGAUUAUGCCUAUACUGGAAAAACAAAGAUAACAGAUGAUAAUGUGGAAAUGUUCUUCCAGUUGUCAUCAUUUCUUCAAGUUUCAUUCCUAUCCAAAGCUUGCAGUGACUUUUUAAUAAAAAGUAUUAAUCUUGUCAAUUGUUUACAGUUAUUAUCUAUAUCAGAUAGCUAUGGCUCUACCCGUUUGUUUGAUCAUGCAUUAUACUUUGUACAACAUCACUUUUUUUUAUUAUUUAAGUCCAGUGAUUUCUUAGAGAUGAAUUUUGGAGUACUGCAAAAAUGUCUGGAAUCAGAUGAAUUAAAUGUUCCUGAAGAAGAAACUGUACUGAAAGUUGUCCUUAGUUGGACUAAACAUAAUUUAGAAUCAAGGCAAAAACAUCUGCCUUAUUUGAUUAAAAAAGUAAGAUUACAUCAGUUAUCUGAGGAGACACUUCAAGACUGUCUGCUCAAUGAAGAGUGUUUGCUCAAAAACACAAACUGUUUUGACAUAAUCAUGGAUGCAAUUACGUGUGUGCAAGGUUCUGGUGGACUUUUCCCUGAUGCUCGACCAUCCACAACCGAAAAAUACAUAUUUGUUCACAAAACUGAGGAAAAUGGAGAAAAUCAAUAUACAUUUUGCUAUAAUAUUAAAACUGAUUCGUGGAAAAUACUGCCACAAUCACACUUGCUUGAUUUGCCAGGAUCUAGUCUAUCUAGUUAUGGAGAGAAAAUAUUCUUGACAGGUGGCUGCAAAGGGCCAUGCUGUAGAACAGUUCGGCUGCAUAUUGCAGAGUCAUAUCAUGAUGCCACUGAUCAGACCUGGUGCUACUGUCCAUUCAAAAAUGAUUUUUUCCUGGUAUCACCUAUGAAAACACCAAGAACCAUGCAUACAUCGAUUAUGGCUCUCAAUAGAUUAUUUGUUAUAGGUGGAAAGACUAGAGGGUCGCAGGACAUUAGAAGUCUCUUAGAUGUUGAAUCUUACAACCCUCUUUCCAAAGAAUGGUUUUCGGUUAGUCCAUUACCCAGGGGCAUAUAUUAUCCUGAAGCAAGUGCAUGCCAAAAUGUCAUUUAUGUUCUUGGAUCAGAGGUAGAGAUUACGGAUGCCUUUAAUCCAUCCCUUGAUUGCUUUUUUAAGUACAAUGCUACAACUGACCAGUGGUCUGAACUGGUAGCAGAGUUUGGGCAGUUUUUUCAUGCAACACUAAUUAAAGCUGUCCCAGUAAAUUGCACACUGUAUAUAUGUGACCUCUCCACCUAUAAGGUUUAUAGUUUUUGUCCAGAUACUUGUGUAUGGAAGGGUGAAGGAUCUUUUGAAUGUGCAGGCUUUAAUGCAGGUGCAGUUGGAAUUGAGGAUAAAAUUUAUAUAUUAGGUGGUGAUUAUGCCCCAGAUGAAAUCACAGAUGAAGUGCAGGUCUACCACAGCAGCAGGUCUGAGUGGGAAGAAGUUUCACCAAUGCCAAAAGCCUUAACUGAAUUUUACUGCCAAGCGAUUCAGUUUAAUAAAUACAGGGAUCCAUGGUUUUCUAGUCAUUUCUAAAAGUAAUAGACUGUGAUUAGACAUUCUAAAGCUAUUCCAGUUCUAGAAAUCUACAGUGAAUUUGUUAACCUUAAUAGUUGGUUAAAAAGGUCUAUUCAUCUUAAUAAAAUAAAAUGUACCUUCUGUUAGAGAUUACUCUGAAUGUAUACUAUAUAUGAAUUAGCAGUUGCCAGAAACAUAAAGUACAAAAUACAUUUUACCAAAAAUUAUAUUAAGUAUAAGUUAAUCUUUGAGAAUCCAAAAUACAUACUAUUUUCAUAUGUAAAUGGUGAUGAGUUUUGAUGUUUUGAUUUUUAAAGUGCUUUAUCCACAAAAGACUAGUAAAAACAAAAUUCACAGAUUCGUACUAUUUAGAUGGGAAAAAUCUCAAAGUAGUAAAAAUGAAUUAUUAUUUACACAUCAUAGUAUAUGGAGUGAAAAAUACAUUUUUAAAAAGAAAUGAGAAUCCUACCUUGUUACUACAAGUGUAAGAGUUGUUGAAUUCCUAUCCUUUCUGAUCAUUGAUUGGCUCCCUUCAAGCCCUUUUCUUUCUCCAUUUUUUUUUUGGCAAAAAUUUUUCUAAAAUGCAGUGUAUUUCCCUGGCUUUCUAAACUAUAUGCUAAACAUAGCUUAACUUUUUUUUUAUGAUUCAAGUCUUCAUUAAGAACAUAAUGUACCAUGUUAUAGUGUCAUAAUGCUAUCAGCAGUUACUGAAAUGUUUUUAAAAUUGCUGAUUCUAUUACUUUUCAGUGUAGGCUGGUUUCAACUUCUAGCAGUGUCAUUUCCCUCCUCUCGUUUUCUGGCUCAAGCACACUAAAUUAACAUUCUUGAUUUCAUUACUGGUCUUAAGUUAUACUUGACUUGAGUUUAUCUUAACAUGUAACCCACUGGGUGAAGUUCUUGAAUUCUGGGAUGGUAGUCCUUAACAUACUUUUUCUGUGUCAUUGUCAGAUUCCAGUAUAAUUGAGGAUGUAGAAAAUCUGACCUCCAGAUAAGUGAAUCAUUACUGUGCAUUUCUUAAGCCUUUAGAUGUCCAAAUUUGAGUUGCAAUAAGAAAUUUCAGUGUUUAAAUUAGUACCAUAUCAGUUUUCUGUGAUGAUAUAUACCAACUGUAAAGCACUGGGUUGGUUUACUACUUCAGUAAAUUAUAUAGUGAAUUAUAUUGUAAAUUUUAAAAAUGACUGGGCUUUCGGUAUUAAUGGAAUUUGAAUCUGCAUCUGUUUAGAUGUUUAAUUAUCUUUAGCCCAAACAAUGAAAGGAUUUUCAUCAUCCUUGUUCUCAGCUAGGAUGAUUCUGUCUGGCAAGAAGAUAUGUUUCUUUUAUCAGUUAAGAUACAAGCAUUUUAGGUUUUAAGACCCUUGAUUUAUAUCUCAGGUAAUGGACAGAUUGGAUUUCUCCAAAAUUAACUGUAGUUUCCCACAUACUGUAAUAAAUGUACAUAUUCUUUGGAGAUGCAUUCUUAAGUGGAAAUAUGCCUAAAUAAAAGGUCCUUUUAUUUUACCAUAUAUGUUUAUGUAAACAUAAGGUUUGAGUAUAUUUUUCAAAACUGAACAGGAUAUUGGAUGAUAUUACCAUGCAAUUCCAAAAUCAGGGACUGCCCCUAGACAGUUGCAUAAAAAGUAUUCUGUAGAAUUGGUAGCCUUCCUUCCUACCUAUCUUAGUUGAUUGUCCUUUGCCUUUGCAUUUCUGUGUGUGUGUGUGUGUGUGUGUGUAAGAAAAAAAAUUCAUUGAAGGCUUUUGUGUGUGUAUAUGUGACUUUGAAAACAUUUGAGAAAGACCAUUAACAGUGAGUGACCUAUAUGUGGAUUUACUGAACUGUUAGUUUUAGCAUUAUAUAACUAAUCAAAAUGUUUAAAAUAAAUAUUGCUUUGAUCACUGACUCUAGGAAUUGUUCAUCUCUUCCAGAAAGAAGACAGUAAAUUAAAAUAGAAUCUCUUCUUGAUCUUGUUUCACUAUUACAUCAUCUUGACUCCCACCAUCCUUCUCACUGGCAGCUGAUUUAUGGUAAUGUCUCUAGAAAUACCCUUGCUAUCAAGACUAGGAGGCUCCCUCUGCAUUUGAUUUAAUACACUUUCUAAUAUAUAAGACAGUCUGCCUUUAAUCAUUUUCACUUAUUGCCACCCCUUUACAUCUGCCCGAGUGCUCAUCAUCACUUAUAAUUGCACUAAAUUACUGUCUAAUCAUAAAACCCCAAAUUCUUCCUGUUCACUGUUAUUUUUCCUUUGCACAGCAAUCUAUGCUGAGCUUGAUUCUGUUAAUAACUCAUCUUGUUCUAAUUUUGCAUCUUAGAGCACUUUCAAUCUAUUUACUCUACUGAGAAAUGGUUCUGUAAGUUUAAAAUCCUCAAGGAGCCCAAACAUGUACACACAUGAUCAAUAACUGAACUGGUUCUCUCGUUCUGAUCUUGCCAGUCACUGGUUUCACUGUCAAAGAACCAUAUAUAUCACUUGGCUUCACCCUCCAUUCUGGAUGUCUGACAGUGAUUUCUCAAGUCUAUUUCCAGUAACCCCAGAAGAAGCUGUUUUCUCUGCUUAGGUGAGAGGAACUAAUAUCCCUUUAUCUAUAACCUGCUCCAUUCAUCUGCUUUCCUUUCAUUAUCAUCCUUCAGCCAGUGCUACAGUGUGAGUCAAAAUAAUUGUGCUCAUUAUCCAUACUGCUUUCAUUAUUGUGGAAAAAUCCUGUUUAACAUUUCUAAAUCCUUUAUCAUUUGCCUUGCGCCACUGCAUUUGGACUAGGCACACAAGAUUCUGAUAUUGUAUUAGUAUUGUAUUUUAAAAGUGAAAGUAGGUAUAUGGCAUUAUUGAAUAUAAAAAAGGUUAAAUGCAACAUUUAUAUGAGAUUAAUUCAAAGUUAAUGGACAUUCCUAGAACUAUCUUCAAAUUUAAUUUAAAAUGUAGAGCACCUUUUCAUCUAUUGCCUGUGAGAUGGAGUAGUAUGAAGAAUGUCUGCAUAUUCAAAAUGAACUACAUUCCUAUAACAGCUCUGGUUUGGGGAGGGGAACAGGUCUUCAUCACAGCAGUAUCCAUUACAUGCUGUCCUUGAAAGCUAGGUUGUUAUUUGAGAAUGACCACAUCGUGCAACAUGAUUUCAUUUUCCCAGAUAGGAAGAAAAGCAACUGAAUAUGUGUUCAACAUUCCUAGCUCAAACUAAACAACUUGAAAAUUAGAGUCAAGUACAGGGGAAGCACCUGUACAUUUUGAGAUUUGGGAGCAAUAAAUACAGUGCUUAAAUACAUUGUUAAACAUACAGUGUUACUUUUAAAUCAUUCUCAGUUUUAACUGGGUCCAUUGGUUGGAAACUUACAUUUAGAACUGAGUGUUCACAUUCAAAAUGUACACACUCAAGAAUACCUUACAAAGGGCAACUCUGGAUGGCAACCUAAAAACAAAAGCAGGAAUAUGCAGAGAAGUAGAUUUCUUUCAAUUUAAGAAACAAUUUUAACUCCACUUUAUAAAGCCAUAUUUAGGAUAAGACUAGUUAUCAAAGACUGUGCAUGUGGCGGAUGAUUAGCCCAAUAAAUUCCUACACAGGAGCGCACAACCAAAGAUUUCUACAUUCUACUUACACACUUUGAUCUUAAAAGUUUUCUGACAUGACUAAUUGCUUCCUAAUCCAAUGUAGCAUUUUAGGCAUCCUGAGUAACUUGAUUUCAAUGGUUCUGCAUACUCAAGAUUUCAGUAGGAGUCAAGUCUUAAAACUACAUCAUUUUAAGACCAUUAUUAUUGAAAGGCAUUUGUUUUUUGCCUGCCUGCUUUUCCUUCCUUUGCUUUCCUUUUUCCUCCCCUUCCCUCUUCCCUUCGCUCUUUCCUUCCCUCCUUCCAUCCUUCCCUCCCUUCCUUCCUUUUCCUUCCUUCUUCCUCUCCCCUUUUCCCUCUCUCUUUCUUUCUUAUUACUCAGGAAAAAGUCUGUAAAUGGUGCUGACAUUUAUAGUGAGCUGCUAAUAGGGAUUUUUCCUUCUGUCUGCCACAGGCAUACAUUGUUUUAUAAUAAUAAAAACUGAAAAACCAGUACCUAAAAUUUUCUCCUGAGUUAUUUUUCUUAUUUCACUGUAAAUGUAGCUAUAUAGCCAACUGUUGUGAUUCUAAAGAUUGUGUAACUUAAAAGAAUAUAUCUUAAAAAUCUAGGUGUGUUUAUAAAUAAAUAAUAUUUGAUGACACUGUGAUGCUUAAUCAGAUUCAAUGUCUAAAUAGGGAAUAUAAUCACAGGAUACCACCUCACAGUUAUCAAAAGAUAACUCUUCUCAAUCAUAGUCUUAUAUUCAAACUUGAAAAUAACCUCAGAAUCUAAUACAGCUUCUAACCUAGUCUAAAAAGCCCCUUUAAAUUCUGGAACACCUUGACAUGAUUCUUCUCAAUUUCUAAUUCAGUUCUUUCAGGGGUAAAGAACUUACUACCUCCAUUUUUUAACAGUUCUAUUAGAAAGUUCUUCCUAAUAUUGAAAGCAGCUCUGCCUCCAUCUAUAGUGACGUCCAGUCCUUGGUCUGAGGUUGCUGUCUCCACCAGGAUUUGAAACUGAUACGUCUUUCAUUCCUCUAAAAUCAAGGCCUAAUCUUCCUUCUUGUUCAAAUGCUUAUUAGCACAUUAAAACCUGCCACAAUGGCCAGGGUUAUAUUCCCUCUCUUGUACAGUUGCCUCAGAAAAUGUGUCCCUAGCUCUUUCGCCUUUUGGUGAGUUAAGCCAGACCAGUAUUGGAGAAUCUUGAAAAUUCAGGUAUUUUAUUCCCUUAACCAGUUCUCUAGCUCUUAGAAAUGCAGUUUGGGCUAGAGACUUGCUGUGUUUCUCUCCUUCUGCCCCACCCCCCACAAUCAACAUAACCCCAAACACACAUUUUCUGGGAGAGGAAUUCUAAAGCCAAAUUUUAGUAAGUCUUUCAAUAAUUUGUCUUUGGAUAUGGUUUUCAUAAUUUUAGAAGUACUCCUUAAAAAGACCCUAAGAAGUAUUCAAAAAAUAGAAACCAAAACAGUUACAUCCUUGGUGUUUAAUGAGAGGGUAAUCUCACAAAUCAGUAAAGACCAGCCUUAUGGUAAUCAAGAUCUAAAUGUGGAGAUUCAUCUGCACGUAUUAGUCCAGUUGGAUAGGGCAUGAUUAUUUCCAUAAAACAGUGCCAUUACUAAAUAACUAUAAUCAGGUAGCUUUAUGUAUUUCAUUAAAUUUAACAGCAUUGCUAAUCAUAACUAGCUAAACAAAUUAUGCUUUUGGUUUGGAGGGUAAGGAGGAGGAUAGAAUAACUCAAGAGUACAGACCUCUGUGUGUGACAAAUAUUUGUGAUGUAAAUAUUUGGUCUAAAUAUUUCUUUACAUGGUUUGUUUCUUAUUUAAUUGGAAGUUCUUAGGAAUAGGGACAUGUUCAUCAUUUCUCGGUCUAGCAAUUAGCACAGUGCCUAUAUAUAAUAAGGCAUGUAAUAAACUGAUACUCUAUUGAGCCAACAUGCGAAGCAAAAUAUAUUUAUUAUAGUUAUAUUGCUACUGAAUGUGUUCCAUAUAACUGUAUAUUUUGCAACUUAUUUUCAUGUACAAAGGAAAUUUUGAUUUAUGUUAGGAUUUUACAUUUUGGAAUGCUCUCAUUGUUCUUAGGUUUAUCUGUUAAUGUAUGUAUUAAUUUUCUGUAAUUGGUAUCAUUUCAUGUUCAAAGUCACUGAGAAAAUUUUGGUUAGGUCGUUUAUACAACUUCAGUCUUUUUGGUGUAUAGAAAAUAAUGAAGCAAUUUUUUUUUGAGAGUGAAAUUGUAUUAUAUGGUGCACUGCCCACCUUUGGAGAACAUGUAUAGUUGAUUGUUGUAUAGUGUAUGUAUAGCUGGUUCUUAAAAGUGAAAUAACAGAUUCAAAGUCAUUUAUCUACCUAUUUUUUUAAUGCUUUAGGGAUUAUUUUUUCUCAGUGAAUUUUAAUUAACUAAUUCUGUUUUUCCUUUCAAAGGCAAUAAUAGAUAAGACAAUAAUGGCAAUUUUCAUCAGUAGAUAUGCAACCUCCAACUUCUACAGGAGCAUAAAAGCUUUCGUGACUUUCACCCCACUUGGGGGGAAACUGCUCAAAGCCACUUACACUGCAUAUACAAGCAAAUUACUUCAUAUUCUUAUUAGUGGAAUGUGGGCUUCUGCCAUAUGCUAUGAAAAAUAAAAUCACUUUUGCAGGUUCAUGUUAACUAUAUUAACAUGUAGUAAAACUUCAAUAAAAUUAUUAAUUUAUUAAAAUGUAUCUCAGCAAACAAUACAUAUUCUGUUUGUAUUUAUUGUUAUUAAAAGUAAAG